UGCGGUGCGAUAAAGAUGUGCACGGAAGUUUCGUUGAUAAUUUUCGGUUUUUUGUGCCACCAUAAGCGCUAGUGUAUUUCUCGUUAUUGCUGAAUCUUUGCUUACACGUAAACUCAUACAACUUUCCUGAAUAGUGCGUACAUUUUCUCCGUCGCAACCGCAGUUUUGCUAAAUGCUUCCGUUCGUUUUGUGAUUCCAUUGUUAUUAUUGUUGUGGAAAAUCUAUUGAUUCUGAAAAUGCUUUAAAGUACGCCGCUCGGUUAGUUGUGAUUGAAAAGUGCAGUGCUUGGAAAAUUUAGUGUUUAUGAAAUACAUACAUAUUUACAUGUUAGAGAGAAGUGUGUAAGAAUGUGAGUAGAAAUUCCUGUCAAUGCUUUGCUUUGAAUUAUCACAAAUAUUUCUACAUAUUUGCAUAUGUACUAUGUGUGUUUAACAAAGAAUAUAUUUUUUAAUAAUUUGUGCGAAAUAGUUCGACCAGUUUGCGGCUUGGGGAAUGCUUUCACAGACCUAUGAACGAUAACGGAGACACGUCUCAUUGGGCUCUUACAGUCGCUUUAUAUCUCAUGUGAACGCCCCCCAAUAACUUUGAUGCAAUAUAAAGCGCGCGGCAAGAACUUUGAAUAUACGAAUUAUAAUGAAUUAUCAACCAGUACCCAACUAUUUUAUCAAUAAUUAAAGUCACAAAACGAAUUUCCACAUUAAACACGAGUCCACAAAAAAAUUAGAAAACAACUUUUUUCUAAUAAUAAAGGCUAGAUAUGUGAAUAAUACUUAUGACGUAGUUAGCAAGCGAUUAAAAUAAACAAACGAACGGGUUUUUCUUUAUUUUUUUGUUCACUUUUCAACAUUAAAUAAUUACUUAAAAUAUAUUGAUAAAAUAAAAACGCGAAACUUUUAAAUACGAGCAAUUAUUAAUAAAUUUUAAGAAAACUUAAAAACGAACGCGUAAAAUCAUAGUCGAUCGGUUAGUGUAUUAAUUGUAACCGAAAUAGUAUUUUUUAAAGACCCACAAAAAUGGCAAUGCUCGAGGCGCGGCCUUAUCGGCCUUUCAAAUCGAGCGAGGAAUACUUGGAGGCGAUGAAGGAGGACUUGGCCGAGUGGUUGAGCACGCUUUAUCCAGAUUUAAAUAUAAAUGCGGAAAAUUUUAUGGAUCGUCUAGAUACUGGAGUCGCACUAUGCAAGCACGCGAACUAUGUACGCCAAGCGGCUGAGGAUUACUUGGCCCGCCGUCAGGCACGCAACAAAUCGAUGACGCGCUCAAUGACUUCCGGCUCGGCCGGCCCCAUUCUCGCCAUGGGUAAUGUACAUUACUUGCCAGCAGCUAAAAGCGGAACAUUCUUUUCACGCGACAAUGUGUCCAAUUUUAUAACCUGGUGCAGGAAAAGCCUUAAGAUAAUCGAGUGCCUGCUAUUCGAAACGGAUGAUUUGAUAAUGCGAAAGAACGAGAAACAUGUGAUCCUUUGUCUAUUGGAAGUGGCGCGUCGCGGCGCUAAGUUUGGUAUGCUCGCACCCAUGCUGGUGCAGAUGGAGCGGCAAAUCGAUCGAGAAAUCGCCGCCGACAACAAAGCGAAUGGAAUUGGGUGUGGCACACAGACAGACAACGCCGAUGCGACUGGCACACAAACCGAUAUCGGCAUCAAUACCGAUAAUGUCGCCACAGAAACCGAUAUGUUCGACAGCGAUUCGGAGAAUGAGGAUGACGAAGAUAAUAGCCCGAUGCUGAUGUAUGGCCCACAACCGCAAAUUAUCACCAACGAUUUGAAGAGUUUGGAUGAGAUGGUCAGAGAUUUGGUCGAGAAGUGUACGUGUCCAUCGCAAUUCCCAAUGGUACGGGUGUCGGAGGGCAAAUAUCGAAUUGGUGAUACGAAGGUGUUAAUCUUUGUGCGGAUCCUACGUUCUCACGUUAUGGUACGUGUCGGCGGUGGUUGGGACACCCUGGCCCACUAUCUGGAUAAGCACGAUCCUUGCCGUUGUAAAGCACAGCAUCGUUCAUCAGUUGCAGCACGCCUGGUGCCACGCACCACCAAUCAAACUAAUGGAGGCAUUGAAUUGCACAAAGCACAAGUCAUCUAUGAGCGCUCACCGCCGUCGACUCGCAAAAUUAUUUCCAAUUUCAAUAAUCAGGCUGCCGGCAAUGGAUUCGCAACAUCAUCGCCUAAUUCCAACAAUAACUCAUACAAUUUGUCACCCAAUUUCGGCAGUAAUAAUAAGCAAACCAGUCGCAGUCCCACGCCUCAACGUAAGUUUUUUAAUCAUCACAAUACUGCGAAUGCAACAGAUGGCGCCGUUGGAGAAAAACUACUAACAGCAAAUGGCACAAAUGGUACUUCAACAUUGUCGCCUUCGACAAAUUUAGCACGUCGUUCCAUGUCGCCCAGCCCGCGCCGACUUAUGGAUAUGCGUAAGAAGCAGAGCUCGUUGGAUUCAAGUAACGGUAGUGGUCCCAAAUCUCUGCCAAUUUGCAGUGAAACCGCAGGCAAUCAUAUACAAUUUGAUGGGCUCAACUAUACGGCUGGACAAGCUGAGAAUGGCACUACGACGCAAGUAGGAGCCGGCAACACGGAUGCCAGCGCAAAUGGCAUAAACAAUAAAUUCGAAAAUAUCAGUGACAAUGGCAGUGAAAUCAGUGAUGAGGGCUAUCGUAGUCUGGGUGUGAUACAAUCAAAUGCCCAAAAGCGUGAGUCACUGCACAGUCAGGCUUCGGUGGAGGACGCUGAAAGUAAUGCGCGUCUUGAUCAGACCUCCAGUGAUUCACAACUAUCACCAGUCGAUGAUUUGACCAUAUCUAACAAGGCAGUCGAUAUACUUGGCUCCGACUUUAAUAGCACACCCAUAGAGCUGAAUAUUGAUGCUGGACCGCAGUCAUUGCCAGCUGUGCUCACCACACCGGCACAAAAUUUUACGCAAAUGAAUCUGGCAGAUAGUUUCGAACAAUCAGGAAUCUUUAUAACCGAUGAUGAAAUCACUGUUGAUGUAGCAAAUGCCACGGGUUUGCGCAAAACUGGAUUUGCCAACAAAAUUUUCGGCGGCGAUGAUGUUACCGAUAACAGUGUCCCAACGAAUAAGGAACCAAAAGAUAAUAAUGCGAGUAAAAGUAGUAAAAUACCACGCUCGCCAGUAGCGCCGCGCCGACGUAGUCUAGAUAACAGCAAUUGCAGCAGCGCCAGCAUGCAGGACAUUUCGACGCGUACCGGCCUGCCGGUUUUCAACCGCAAACAGCCCGUUUACCGUUCCGUACGUCGUCCGGCCACCGAGAUCAAUAGGAAUAGUGACAAUGUAUCCGCCGCAGCAGCGACACGUAAAUCUACAACGCCACCCGUGCGUGAGGUCACAAACACUUGGAGUGGACGCGCCGCAGCCGGCAAAAAGCGCCCAACACUCAAUGCCGACACCUUCACCGCCCACAAUGGUGCUGCAACACCCAGCAGCGGCAAUGCCUUUGAACGUAACACACGCACACGCUCCUCUCAGAUACUUUACGACAGCAAUGGACGUCGCGUACGCGGGUGCACCGCCUCACUUACUACAUCGCCGGUAAAGAACUACAAUACAUCACCGCUGGCGCAACAACUACUCGAAGCUGCCAGCAGCGCCAAAAAUGAUGCACAAAUUUUAGAAAAAAUGAAAGUAUUACUCUCACGCUAUUCCAGCAACAGCAAUGCUGGGCCCAAUAACAGCGUCACAAGCGCAAGAGCAACAGCUGGCGGCAACAGUAACAAUAAGAAGCCCGUCUACGAGGACUUCACAUCAGCCUGGGUGCACAGCAAUGGCAAUCUGGAACGUUCCAACAGCUGUUCGCCUCCCACAAAAAGUCUCUCGAAACGCAGCUCGGCCGCCUCCUCCACGGAGAGCACACAAUCGCGCGAGGUGGCAUCGGUCAUUGUUUCGCCGCGACGCGAUCGCGGUUUAUCCAAAAUUCCAGCACCGACACGACAACACACCGAGCUGUACUAACACACGAUGCAAAUGCCCGCCAGGCUGCGCAUUCAGCAGAGGGCAAUAAUGUUGCAGCAACGAAAAAGACAAGUGUAAGAAGUGUUUGGAGUAGUGCUGGUAGCGGAAGUACCUAAGCAUUUUACCCCUUAACGUUAUCCAUGUAUGUCUCUAGGUAGUUUUGUAGUUUUCUAGGCAGUAGUGUGAAAUUUUGAAAUGAAAAGUAAGUUUUUUUUCUGGUUAUAGCCACCGAAAAAAGAGGUUAGCUAUAAUUUUUAUACGAAACUAAUUUUUAUAUGACAUUAAUUUUAUAACUGAACUGUAGGAAGUGUUGGCGAAAAGUAUAUAGAAUUUCGGUUUUAAUUUUUGAGUUUUUUUUUUUUACUCAUAGCUCUUCUUACAACGUACAGUAAAUGCAACUGUAUUCUUUUAUAUGAAUUCCGCUUUUGUUUGCGUGGAUAAAACGCUUAACCGUACUUCUAUGUUAAUUUUUAUUAGCAAUGCGUACGCCACGGCGUGUACUUAUCGCGGAGAGUUUUGAAGGAAAAGCUGUUCUAACGUCAGUGAUGUGCAAUUAUGACAAACGGAACACUAUUAAAAUCAAAAGAAGAUAAUUUCAAAAUUUUAUACAAAUUAACGGAAAUAUUUUAUUUUGUUGAAGCGUUUGCACUAAUUGUAC